AUGAGGUGCAUUGGAUUGGUGAGUGAAAGGUGUGAAGAUGAAGCGGAAGUCCCUUACCAAAGGAAGAAGAAACAGUUGGUGAAGUUGCUGGUUAACAUGAUCAUGGCAGCUAACUUGCGUGGUGGUGAAGCUCGUCCUAUGUCAUGGACAAGUUCGACGAACUCAGAUGGACCUACAGAUGAAGGAUGCCAAUCGAUGAGAAGAUCCCUGAACUUUGCCAUAGUGGUGAUCCUAUGCAUGGCGAUGGUGAUGGCUUUGAUGUUCUACAAGUUGAAGAAGAAGGUGGAGAUGGUGGUGAGUGGAGAAGACGAUGAUGAAGAAUCCAUUGAGGAGGAAGAGAAACCUGAACAACGAUACCAGAGAUAUAUCCAAGCAGCUAUGGAUGAGGUGAGCGAUCCUGAUGACUGGUGCAACGUUCAUCAUGGGUUUGCCACGAGAGAUGAUGAUCCUGAGAAGGUGGGGACACUAUGA